UCGCGCUGGCGUGGAAGCUCAGUGCCCGCGCGACGCGCUGACGUCACCAAAUCUUUGACAGCACUUCCUGGAGUGGGAUUUGUUGUGGGAAAUAGUCACGGUGGUGCUGAAUUGGGGUUUCAUAGUAGGCCACAUAGCCGAUAGAAAAGACGGCGUGAUCGGUGACAUCCAGCUGCCUUCAAACAUGAGGUCCGUGCAGCUCUCUGUCGGGAUCAGAUGAGACGGAGGACGUGACAGUUUCACGACUGAGGAAGGACGGGGUGGUCAAAUUCACAGAGCAGAGCCGCCGACAGCACGGAGCUGUCGGGAUGUUGUAACCAAACCAUGGACAGCAGGAUAAAGGAGAAUCCAGAAAGAACAUUUGAUCUGGUGGUGCAAGUGGCAUGUCCAACAUCUGAGAAUGAAGAUCCAACCGUGCUGUGGAGCUUCCCCCAGGACCACACAGACCAGGAGGUCCUUCAGACGAUACCAAAGUUCUGCUUUCCCUUUGACGUGGAAAGGGUUUCCCAGAACCAAGUGGGACAGAAUUUUACCUUUGUGCUCACGGAUAUUGACAGCAAGCAGAGGUUUGGUUUCUGUCGACUCACUCAAGGCUGCCGGGUCUGCAUAUGUCUUCUCAGUUAUCUACCGUGGUUUGAAAUCUACUACAAGCUGCUAAAUACUCUGGCAGACUAUUUAACAAAACACCAGGAGAAUGACUUGAAUGACAUGCUGAAUUCUCUGUAUGAGCUGCCUGUGCCAAAGCCUUUCACGCCCGUCAACCUGAGUGUGAAUGAGCGGUUGUAUAUUGCCACUGGGCAAGUACUGAGAGAUCAGCGAAGCAAGGAGCCGCACUCCUACUUCAUCGCCCCGGAUAUCAAUGGACUGCCAACUAUCCCUGAGAGUAGGAAUCUGACAGAGUACUUUGUGGCUGUGGACAUCAACAACAUGCUCCAACUCUAUGCCAGUAUGCUCCAUGAGCGGCGCAUCAUCAUUACCUCAAGCAAGCUCAGCACUUUAACAGCGUGUGUCCAUGGUGCGGCUGCUUUGCUCUUUCCGAUGUACUGGCAGCACAUCUUCAUUCCUGUGCUGCCUCCGCAUCUUCUGGACUACUGCUGUGCCCCCAUGCCGUACUUUGUGGGAGUUCAUCUUAGUCUGUUAGAGAGAGUACGCAGUCGAUCACUGGAGGAUGUGAUCAUUCUGAACGUGGACACAAACGCCCUGGAGACCCCAUUCGAUGACCUGAACAACCUGCCGAGUGAUGUGAUGUCCUCCCUGAAGAGCAAGCUGAAGAAGCAGUCGACGGCGACGGGAAGCGGCGUGGCAAGGGCCUUCCUGAGAGCGCAGGCCGCUCUGUUUGGAUCCUACCGCGACGCCCUCAGAUAUAAACCUGGAGAGCCAGUUGCAUUCUGUGAAGAAAGCUUCGUGAACCAUCGCUCCACCACCAUGAAGAACUUCCUGUCCAUGGCUGUCAACUUGCAGCUCUUUAAACAGUUCAUCGACGGACGGUUGGCCAAAUUGAACGCAGGCCGCGGCUUCACCGACGUGUUUGAAGAAGAGAUCACAGAGGGGGGCUUCUGUGGAAGUAAUUCGAGGUCCUACCAGCAAUGGAUGCACACUGUGAAGAAAGGAGGAGCGCUGUUCAACACUGCUGUGACUAAGGCCAAGGUUCAUGCCAAGAGAGGCAUUCGGGACAUUAAGGGCAGACUCAGAGCAAGGGAUGAGGAAGAAGAGGGGAUGACAGCCUGCGAAGGGUCUCCCACCAGCACCAAGAGCCUGUCUCCAAGGAGACUGCAGAAGAUGAGACGGCAGAACCUCAGCAAGUUCUCCAAGUGUCCCCGGGAUCUUGGCCUUCCAUUUGAUGAUGAGGAACUGGACACAGCAAGCAAACUUUCGUCGGAGGACAGUGGAGAUGUCCCUUCAUGCGCUGAUGACAGCGACGAUUCCUACUCCUUGGAGCUGGACAUGGAUUCUUCUCAGUCAGGCCAGAUGAACCUGCUGGAGGAAAUCCUGGAUUCUCUGCAUACUACAACCCUGGACAACGGGAAGCUCAGUGCCGCCAAGAGCCUGGAUUUCUUUAGGUCCAUGGAUGACUUGGACUACAAGGCCCCUACAAAGCCCAAACCCUGCAGUGAGUCCAGGCCUGCAGGAGAGGGUGACGCUGGAGAGGAUCCGGGGGGGUGGAACAUGGGCCAGGAUGACAGCGCCGUCCACGGCAAACACCUUCCACCAUCCCCGAGGAGGCAACCCAACAAGAGCAGCUUGAAGGUUCCCAAGAACAUUCCAGCACCCCCCAGGAUCACAGCUACACCCACAGUCCAGGACGCCGACAUCCCCCGACAGUCCUCGUCCCCCAAAACCCGCAAGGAUGCUCACCUUCCACUCGCGGGGCGAAAACCCGGGGACCGCUUCUCCUACUCGCCCUCGCUGUCGCACAGAGUUACUCCCAUGUCAGCGUCACCCGCUGUUUCUCACAAUUACAGCUUCCCAGCACCUAAAUCUCCCCAGAACUGUUCCCCGUCGUCAGCAGGGAGGCUGCGGACUACUUCUGAACCUCAGAGCGCCUCAGAGUCCUCUCAGAACCAGGGUGGACCCACAGGCAUCCUGAGGAGGAGAGUUCUGUCCAAAGAGACGGUGAAGAACUACCAAGAGAAGGCCCUGCAGGGCCAGCACGACGGGAACAUGAGCCCCUCCAGGAACAGCAAGGCAGGCAUACAGGUUCCCUGGGAGAAAGAGGCGGCCAAGGAGGGGCUUCUGGGGAUGUGUUUGGGUCAGAACAAAAGCUCUGGAGUGGAUGCGGGGCCGGACGCAGGCCUCCUGGAGGAGAUCGAGUCCUUGUGUUGUCUGGGCUCAGUCCAGCUCUCACAAGUCCACUGCAAUAACAACAAAAGCAGCAGCCAGCAGGUCCAGAACAAAACCACAGAGGAGUCCUGAGGAGCAUCCAGAAGUUCUGAAAAAACUCCAAACAUUUCAUCCGGACUUUCAGAUAGGAGGAAAAAUUGAAAGAUUAUUCCAGUAAGAAAAAAAAAUCAAGAGUGGAACAGAAGGAGGUGAAGCGGUACACUGCAGGAUUCUCCAUCAAAACGUUUUCUAAAGGUUUUCUACUUUUCAAGAUGUCUAACAUUUUCUCUUGUGUUUGUAAUAUUGCACAACAUUUCCAGCACACUUGUGGUGAGUUGGAGCACAGAACAGAGUGCAGAUCGGAAUAUUUCCAUCAGUUUGAGUCUGUUUCUGAGAUGCACUCACUGAAGACUCUCAUUUGUGCAGUUGUGAACCAGUUUUUAUUCCUAAAACCCAACAGCUUCAAUUAGAAAAUGCUUCUUGGUACAAUGGAGACUUUUGCAGUGUGCUUUCACUCCAGGAAGGUUCUCCCUUUGAUUAUCUGUAAUCACGUGAACACUGUUUGCAGCCUAAAGGAAGCUGGAAAAGGAAACUUUGUGAGGAUCAAUAAGGGAAAACGGCUCCUUUUGUUCUUUUACUUGCUGUGUUUUGACUUUGCACUUGAGGAUUUAUUGAAGGUACUCAUCUAUAUCUACCUGGUACUAAACUCAUAGGAUCAAAAAAGCAACAAAGGAUUUUUUUUUUAAUGCACACAGGCCUUUGGAAAUAAUUACACUCAGUACGGUAACACCCUGGAUCACUAUGCCUUACGUGGACAUGUGAUUGGCUCCGGUACUCCGGUGUCUUAAUCCGUAGAUGCAGCAGGUACAUUUAAAUUAAAUCAGUUAAAGCAGUGAGUGUUUUUCUGCUUGAACUAAUAGUAUUUGAUUUUCUCCAAGCUGCUGUUUUCAUUUCUUUGUUUGCUCUCCUUCAAAAUCCCAGAUUUCUCAGGACGGUCCCUUCAGGUCACUUUUUGUUUCUCUCUUAAGAAUUUAUGACAGUUUUAAAAAAGUUUCUGAAACUAUUUAAAAGAUAGAAAAAAACAUUUUCAGGUACAUAGAGAAGGAAGAACUGAGUUUAUUACAGAUUAUUAUCUAGGAGUCACGCUAAAGUGCGGUCUUUUUGCUUAGUUCUGACUUCAUUUUUCCACCUUUUUGCCUUUUUCUUUUUGGAAAUGCAGCAUCUGUCCUCGCAGGUUCGAUCAACACUGUAAUGCAGUGGAGUUGUUGAUGAUUGUACUGUAACAAAGCAAUAUACUGUAUUCGUCCUCAGCUAGGUUAGACGUGCUACGUUCAGGGUCCUCACACGGCAGAUUCUCCUGUGGAGAAAAGGCUUCCAAAGAUUGUAACUUCUUUUUUUUUUUUUUUGCGCCUCACCCAAAAGGACGGUCGCGGGCUUCUGUCGGGGUUCCUGCAUUUAUGGUCCGCUCCUCUUAAUGAUUUAUGCCAGACGCCCAUCAGUGCAGCAGUUUAAUUGCAGCCAUUUCUCCACUUUUUAGUGCUGCUCUGCGUUAACGAUUCGCUCAUAAAGUCUCCGGCGUGCUUCUUUAGGCGAGAAUCUGCCCUUAGUAAUUCCAAAAUAUAAAAAAAUAGCAAAGCCUCCUUCACUGUAAACACUUUACCCAACCUGUGUACUAUGCAAAGAUUCUUAAAGUUCAAAAUAUAGUUCACAGUUCUACUCAAAGACUUUGCUUUAGUGUUUGAUUGAAAAUGUGUGAGCCAAAGUCUGUCUAUGCGUGUGGCGUGCCUUAAAGAGUCGACAGCAAGGUAGAGACGCUCUCAGACAUCACGGUGGAGGUGCUGACAGGCGUGAGCUCCGACCACAGAAUCUCACCUGAGAUGAACCCGAACUUCAGUUCCUCAGUUUUCCUUUUCCUGCUGGAACGAAGAGAAGACCUUCAGCCGUCUCCGGGUUCUUGUUGUAAAUGACCUACUUUCUUUAAUUAUAUUCUGAUUGAUUGUUUUUUAUGUUCUUUAUUCACUCACUCUGAGCUAAAUGUAUAAAAAAAACAUCUCAGAGGAGUUUUGCUUCUUUUUUGUUAUUGAUGAAAAUUUAUUUUCAACUGAUUAGAUGUGUAUUUUUUUCUGGAGUAUAUUUUACAUAUAUAAUAUAUGAAAUGAUGUAUGUAGCUGACACACAGACACAAAAUGAGGCGCUUAAAAUAAGAAUGUUCAAGAUUUUUUUUUAUUUUUGGAAAGAGAACAUUAAUAAAUGUCCUACGUAGCCAUUCCUGUGCGCAGACUUGAGUGCACCUGGUGCAGCGAGUUCAGUCCUUCCUGCAUGUUCUUACUGUGCUUUAGCUGUUUUACAGUCGUGCAGACUUGUGACGAUAUUCGUUUAGUUUCAGUAUUUAACAUGGACUGGUGGAAUAUGACGUGUAAAGUCAUGUGCAAUUCUCUUUCUGCUGUUUUUGUUACUGCUGUAUGUGUGGGGGGGCAGAUUUGUUGCUAAAGGUAACAUUUUAAUGUAGCAACCCUGACUGCAGGGGGGUGAGCUCAUGGUACUGAUUAAAGCUCCUCCCUCUACCCCUUUAAUUCGGACAUUGUAAUCAUAAUUUACUUUUUUUUUUGCCUUUUUUUCUGAUUGUGCGCUAACUUGCAUGUUCUUUUUAGCAAAAGGAACAGGAAGAGUCUCAGCCGCAGAGGUCAAUCUUAACAUGUCAUUUCCAUGAGUUACCUGCUACAACUGCACAAAUGUACGCACUGUGAACUGAAAAUAAAUGAUACUGUUUCACGCCUGCCUGGACUCUCAACGUGCUUCAUUUGGCCACAUUAUUGUAUUUUCAGUAAACAUUUUUUAGCCAGAAUGCUUUCAAAAAUACACAGCCUCUUACCUUUAUGGCUUUAAAUGUAUUUCAGUCUUUAAACAAUUAUUAGUUUCUUUCUGAAAAAAAAGUUUAUGGUUUUCCAUUGAAAGAUUUUGUGCAAGUUUACA